GUUUUGUGCUGCCAGUGCCAACUGAGCGAAGGGGAGUCCUCAUUCCAAUCCUCAGUCUCACAUGAGUUACGCUACCAGACUGUCACAGGGGAGAGUACGGUGCGACUUCAUGACACAAGAAAGUUAACAAUAGUCACUUCAAACCACUAAUGCAAUGCAGCACUUGAGACACUGCCAAGGCCUUGCUCGAGUGAGCCUCAUUGGAACACAAAGGACGUACCUUGUGAAGGGUGCUGCACCAGCUGUGACAACAUGCGUGGGUCCUCUGUCUGUGCGCUGGCAGAGCCAUGGCAACCAUGGUGGUCAGUCUGGACAGGCUCACACUGGCCUCAGCCCCAGAUGGAGACACUUGAUUGCGGGACUUGUGGCUGGAACUGGUGCUGUAUUGGCCUAUGGACUCUACAACAACCAAGCUGAGCGGGCAGCCACAUCCAUAGAGCCAGUGACCCCAUCAUCCUUUCCCAUCUACUCUCAGAAUGAGGUCACCAAACACAAAACCCUGGAUGAGGGCGUGUGGGUCACGUACAAGGGUAGUGUCUAUGACAUCACAAACUUCAUCUCGAUGCACCCAGGGGGAGAUAAGAUCCUGCUGGCUGCAGGUGGAGCUUUGGAACCCUUCUGGUCUCUGUAUGCAGUCCACGGCCAGGACCACGUGCUGGAGAUCCUGUCCGAGUACAAGGUGGGAGAGCUGAGUCCAGAGGAUCGAAUGAAACAGCUAAAAAUGGCAGACUCAUCUGACCCGUAUUCCACGGACCCUGAGCGACAUCCGGCACUGCACGUCAACAGCCUGAAGCCCUUCAACGCAGAGCCCCCAGCUGCGCUUCUCUCUGACAACUACAUUACCCCCAAUGCCCUAUUCUUCAAGCGCAACCACCUGCCUGUCCCAAGGGUGGACCCAAAGACCUACAAGCUGGAGAUCGAGGGUCUUCCAGGGAGGCCGGUAUCCCUGACUCUAAAUGACCUCAAGACUCGCUACCCCAAACACACAAUCACAGCCACUCUGCAGUGUGCAGGUAACCGCCGGUCAGAAAUGAACACAGUCAAGCAAGUGAAGGGACUCAACUGGGGCAUAGCGGCCAUAAGCAACGCCACCUGGUCAGGUGCGCGCUUAAGGGACGUCCUGCUGGACGCAGGCUACGGUCCAGAGGUGGCUGCAAAGGCACGACACGUGCAGUUUGAAGGGCUUGAUCGUGACGUGACCGGUACGACGUACGGGGCUUCCAUACCACUAGUGAAAGCUGUGAGUGAAAUAGGGGAUGUGCUCCUGGCCUACGAGAUGAAUGGGGAAGACAUCCCCCCUGAUCAUGGAUACCCUGUCCGCGUGGUGGUCCCGGGGACUGUUGGAGCACGCAAUGUCAAGUGGCUGGGCAAGAUUGUGAUCAGUGAGGAAGAAAGCAAGAGUCACUGGCAGCAGAACGACUACAAAGGCUUCUCCCCGAGUACAGACUGGGACACGGUGGACUUUAAGUCAGCCCCUGCCAUCCAGGAACUGCCCAUCCAGUCUGCGAUCACCCAGCCUGCGGAUGGGGCUACAGUGGACCGCAGCAUGGAAGAGGUGACGGUCAGAGGCUACGCCUGGAGUGGCGGGGGCAGGGAGGUCGUCAGGGUGGACGUCACAACGGAUGGAGGAAAGACUUGGCACAUCGCCCAGCUCCAGAACAGCGAGAAGGGACAGGAGCCUGCGUCGUCUCCUCCACCAGGUCAGGCCUGGGCUUGGAAGCUGUGGGAGGUCACCGUCCCUCUGCCCACUGAGACCCAGGAGCUGGAGAUCAUGUGCAAGGCUGUGGACAACAGUUACAACACCCAGCCAGACACCGUGGCACCUAUUUGGAAUUUGAGGGGGGUCCUCAGCAAUGCCUGGCAUCGAGUGAAAGUGAAAAUAAAUGAGGACAAUGAGGAAGAAGAGUAAAGGCGAGACAGGGACAGAGAGAGAGAUUAUCGGUAGAAAGAUUCAGUCUGAUUAGGCUGGGGUGAUGAAGGCAAACUUUUCCUGGCCAGCAGGACAGGGAGAAGCCCGUCACCUCAAUAAGGGCUUACGCACAUGGGAAGGAGUUUGAUGAAGAUUUUGCCAACUUAACGCACAAAUGACCGGUCUGCUCUUGUUCUUUGAGAAGUAACAGUGAUUCUUACUGCUUCUUGCUGAACGGCAUUGUUUCAAAAUUGUAGUUUCCAUAUCUGGUGAAAAACAUAGGGUGUGUUAGCAUGGUGUCAAAUGUUGAUGAUCAACAAAAGAAAAAAAGAAAAAGUAAUUUCAGCUUUUUCAAAAAUGCUGAUGCUAAUGCUUUUGGAGCAGUAAGCCACAUGAAUCACUUUGAAGCUUAUGAAAAUGUAUGAACGCUCAGUGUCAGUAUAUUUCAUGGAAAUAAGAAACUGUCCUAAUUCCUCAGGUCUGUUUGCAGAAACAAUAACAUAAAUGCAAAUUAUUUCUUGUCAUCUCUGGAUUAGUCCUAGGACCAAAAGCACUUAAAUGUCCUUAAAGUAUACAUCAUAAAAAAUAGUACUAUAGGCCUAGUCUUUCAAAUGAGUAGAAAUUAUAAUAGAAUUAUUGGCCAAUUUGAUUAACAAAUGUAAUUUUUCAUAAAUGUAUCAUGUUAAAUUAUUGUUUUGCACUUUUUGUACAAAAGUGGACAUAUUCAGAGUUUGAAUUAUUUUUGUUUGAUAUUGUUGGAAGUUACCACUCCAACUCACAAUAAAGGGAGCUUUGCUUAGAGAUGA